AUGCCUCUGCCAACAGACUUGUUUGGCAGGAUAUGCCCAUCUCCCCUUUUCACAUAUGUAUCUGUUGGAAUUUGGGAGGAGAGGAAAGUUUUUGGCUCUCGAGGUCAGAUUCUUAAGGAAGAGCUGGUGGGGAGGCAUGUGGAUAACACCAAUAAAAAUGGGAAGCAUUCAGGGUUCAAACUGAAACAUCCUUCUGGCAAUGUGUUGGACAAAAUUGUUUCGGGUUAUCAAGUUGUUUAUGGUGGUCAACUGGAUGAAGAUGCUAUAUUGAAUAAAUGUAGGAAUGCCAUUAGCUGUGUUGAGAAAGUAGAUAUGGAUAUUCAUGGCGAUAUUAGAUCAGGGCAAUUCAGUGGGCCUGGAAUUGCAGAGGAACUUAAGGGGUAUCAUGCUGUUUUGAGUGAUUGUAUUGAUCAGCUGACAGCUGUUGAAUCAUCAAGAGCCAAUCUUGUGUCUCAUCUAAGGGAGGCCCUUCAAGAGCAGGAAUAUAAGCUGAAUCAUGUCCGAAAUCAACUUCAGGCCGCUCAGUCCCAGUCUGAACAGGCAGGUAAUAUUUGCCGAAACUUGCUAAAUUCCAACAAUGUGCAAUUGCCAGCUGAGCAGAGUCUGAAGGAAAUUCACACCUCCAGAGCGCCUCAAGGUUUUAUAGCUGGAAAUGGAGAACAAUCAGCUCCAGUGAUGUACACCCGGCAGGUUCCUUUUGCUGAGAAAUCUAUCCACGCUGAAGAAGAUCCAAAAUCUGCAGCAGCUGCUGUGGCGGCAAAGUUAACUGCAUCAACAUCCUCAGCCCAGAUGCUCACUUAUGUACUCUCCUCUUUGGCAUCGGAGGGUGUCAUUGGCAAUUCAACGAAAGAAUCUUCUAGUGAUUAUCCUUCAGAGAAAAGACCUAAGCUCGAGAAUGAUCAUUCUUCUUAUAUACCUCCUCAGAAUCCUCAAGCAGUUCCACCUUUUCCACAUUCCGGCCCAGUGCAACACAAUAUCCCAUUGACCUCCCAAGAGCUGACUUCAAAUGAGCAACCCCCUCCCCCAUCAUCUCCUCCACCGUUGCCACCACUGCCACCUAUGCAGCCCCCUAUGCAGCCAUAUCCAUUGCCCCAGUUCAGGCAGACUGCUGGUUCAAUACCUAGUGGCCCAUAUGGCUAUGGUGCAACCCAACAGCAGCUGCCACCCCUGCCUGGUUAUCCGACUGUAGGCAUUCCAACCAAUGGGAUAUCUCCCUUUACAGCCCCUCCAGCAAACAUUUAUCAGGGUUAUCCUGCUGAAGGUAGUUUUUAUAGCCAGCCGACAUCCUUGCCAAUGGCACCUAUCACUCGCCAGUAGAAAUACCAGUCUUUUUUAGCCGUGGCAUUUACUGUUUAGAGGCAUGUCAAGCCUCAUAAUACUUCUUGUUACCUUGCAGAAUCCUGGGACCUUUGUUACAAUGCCUCUAAUUAUUCAUGCAAAUUAGUUCAGGCAUAUCAGUAAAGUAAAUGUUUGUAAUUUAUUUUUGAACUUGCUUCAACUUCUUUGAGUUGAAAUAAUUUUUUUUGAGUUGUUAAAUUGAAGAUAAGAGUUUAG